AGACGCACAGAUCUCGCGCUGAGAAGCGCACGCGCCGUUCACGAAGCUUUUAAUAUUACGCUCGGAGAUCGAUAUAAAAUUAAUAUAAACACCAGCUGACAUUGUUUACAUUCCGGAUUGGUGUACAAGAAAGUGUUCUAAUUGCGGUUUCAUUGUGUUAAUUGGUAUUAGAGUGGUAUAAAAGGAGUUAUAAGAGAUUAUAGUUCAUAGUUUCAUGUGGUUGUUUGUUUGUGUACGGUGACUGUGAAAUGGGUACUGCGAAGAGCAAGUUGGCUGAUUGUAGUUGUAGCUCGUGUUGUGGGUUCCAUAAGUGGGAAUCACAUGAAAUUCAUCAUGACUUGCCUCGCCCGCCUCAUCUAGAUACACCUAACAGAGAAGUGAGAGAAGAUGCCGUCGACGCCGAGCGGCAGGGCGUGCUUGCGGUGCAGGGAAUUGAUUUCUGCAUCGACACCAAUGGAGAGAGCCAUCACACGAACAAGUUUGACCUGAUGAGAAGAAAGGUCGACAAAUGCCUGGUGGUGCGACGAGGAGAGGCCUUCAAACUGGAUAUAUUACUAAACAGGCCUUAUGAUGCCAGUAAAGACGCUGUCUCCUUUAUUUUCUACGUUUCAGACGUAACAUCACGAGGACCAUCAGAUGUGACGUCAGCUGCUGUACCGUUACGGGAGAAAGGUGCGCAGCCCAGCGGAGCCUGGAACGCGACUUAUGAGGGUCAGAUUGACUCUCAUCUCAUGGUAGCUGUGACUCCUGCAGCUGACUGCAUUGUCGCUUCUUGGAGCCUCGAAGUAGACACAAAACUCAAUCAAGGCCGUUCACUCAGUUACAAACAUCCGGUACCAAUAUACAUCCUUUUCAAUCCUUGGUGCAAAAACGACACUGUCUAUAUGCCAAGUCAAAGCCAUCGUGACGAAUUCGUAUUAGAGGAUGGAGGACUGAUAUAUAGAGGGGUCUACAACCGCAUCAAACCUUGUCCAUGGUACUAUGGUCAGCACGAGAAAGAUAUAUUAGACUGCGCGCUUUAUCUAGUCAGAGAAAUUGGAAAGGUCAAAGGUCCUGCAAGAAGUGACCCGAUUAGGACAUCUAGGGCACUUUCAGCAGCAGUUAACGCACCAGAUGAUAAUGGUGUUAUUAUAGGCAAUUGGGGGGAUAAGCCGUCAGACUACAGUGGAGGCACUAAUCCCGUGAAGUGGGUGGGCUCAUUAAAUAUUCUGCAGAGCUACUAUGAACAGAAAAAGCCAGUCAAAUAUGGGCAGUGUUGGGUCUACGCUGGUGUACUGACGACAGUUUGUCGAGCUCUAGGCAUUCCGUGCCGACCAGUCACAGGUUUCAAUGCAGCUCAUGACAGCCAAGGAAGUCUCACCAUUGAUUAUAUUAUGGAUGAUCAAGGAAACCUACUUGAUAAUUUCACCACGGACUCUAUAUGGAACUAUCACGUUUGGAAUGAGGUAUGGAUGAAUCGUCCAGAUCUUGGCCCAGAGUAUGGUGGCUGGCAGGCACUUGACGCGACACCACAAGAAACAUCCGAAGAUAUGUACCGUUGCGGUCCAACUUCUCUAAGAGCAGUCCGGGAUGGAGAGAUAGAGAAACCUUACGAUACUUCUUACGUCUUUGCUGAAGUUAAUGCUGACAAGAUACUAUGGAAAUACUCUGGAGAGAUACAGCCACUAAAGUUUAUAAAAGUAGACACCGAAUAUGUUGGACAAAACAUUUCAACGAAAGCUGUCGGAAAGAUGGAACGCGAGGACAUUACAAGCACGUAUAAAUAUCCAGAACGAAGUAGCAAAGAACGUAUGACUAUGGAAAAGGCACUGCGCCAGUCGGACAACACGUUUGCGAGGUACUACCUCAACGAUUCUUUCAAUGACGUCAAAUUCGACUUCGACCUUCUGGAAGACAUUAAGAUAGGGCAGCCCUUCAACGUGGUUUUACGCGUCAAAAAUACUUCAAGUACGGAAUCACAUAAGGUGAAGGGGGUCCUUCGUGUAGAUACGGUGACGUAUAGAGGAAAUAAGGGCGAUGCAGUGAAGAGGAAAGAAUUUGGUUUUAACCUCAAACCCGGGACCAACGAUGUCGUGAAGAUGCUGGUCACUUUCGAUGAAUAUUACAAGAGGCUGGUUGAUCAGGGUUCUUUCAACAUUGCUUGCCUAGCGUCAGUAGUGGACAAGAAUUUCGACUUUUUUGCACAAGAUGACUUCAGAGUUCGAAACCCUGAUAUCAAAAUCAGUAUUGAUGGAAAACCAGUGUCGCAUCGAGAGUUCACUGUCAACGUUAAAGUGGAAAAUUCAUUACCUAUUCCACUUACUAGGGGCAGGUUCUGUAUCCAAGGGGCUGGUCUUGAUGAACAACUUAAGAUUUACUUGAAAGAGGAUGUGCCGCCAGGAGCGUAUGCGACUGCUCAGUUCAAGUUGACGCCACCGUGGGCAGGUCGCCACCAGCUCUCUGCCAAGUUUACAUCGAAGGAAAUGCGAGACAUUGAUGGGUUCUUGUCCUUUACGGUGGCAAUGCCUGGCGCUACUAGAAACGGAAGAAAUUAAGUACCAUCAAAUCUUCGUUGGAGUUAGGUAGAUAAAUAGGAAAAUAUAUUAACAAAUACUGCAAAGUAUUUCCUAAUUAUUUCAAGUCCUAGACUGAAUAUUACAUCUUUAGAAUUUGUUUUGAAGUUUAAAGUUUGUCACUCUGAUUUUUAUGAAGGUAUGAUUUAUUUAUUUUUCACAAAGUCUUAGCUUUAAGUAGGUGUCUAUUAAACACAUUAACUAAAAAAAAAUACUUGUGUUGAUGCUACUUCUUAUAUUUAUUUGCUUUUUCUUUACUAUUUUUAAUAUUCUAUAAGUUUUCUCAAUAAUGUUGUAGCUAUUUAAAUUAUUUAUUUUUACUAAAUUUAAGAUUGUUUGUACCUAGUGAAAAUAAAAGUCUUAUCUGUUAUUAAUAUUUUAUUUUGUACCAAUACAACUAAACUAAGUAACGUUAGGAUAAUGUAUUAAUAUUAAAAUGAACUAUUUCAGUGUGCAUUAUUACAAUAUUACUACUAAAUUUAUUUAAGCGUAAUGACACUGCGGACUGCCUUAAUUGGUGCUGUAAUAAAUAUUUUUAUAUGACGUAAUUAAAAUAAACCAAUAGAUCAAACCAAA